AUGUAGUACAAUUGAAAAAGUUUAGUAUUGUGGUAAGCAUGGAGUCUUCAGAUUCGUCGGACGAAGAGUUGAUGGUGGUUGUAAGUGCUCUAGAAGCAGAGGAGAAUGAAAAAAAGCGAAAGAGGAAAAUGUGGGUUCAUCCUAUUAAUAUGAAAAGAUCAACACUGGGAGAAUUUCAUCACUUGUUCCAAGAUUUACAGAGAGACGAGAUAAAAUUUUUCCAGUAUUUUAGAAUGUCUGCGCCAAAGUUCGCAGAGUGCGUAAAUUUAUUGGAAUCACAAUUAACUUUAGAAAACACUACAUUUCGUAAAGCAAUUAGUAAAGAAGAGCGACUUGCUGUGACCUUAAGAUUCCUGGCAACGGGCGAUACAUUCAGAACAAUAGCAUUCAGCUAUCGACUUGGGGAAACAACAGUUCGAAACAUCGUACACACAACUUGCGACGCCAUUUGGAAGAUCAUGGGCCCGUUAGUAAUGCCAUCACCUACAAAAGACAUGUGGGAGGAGAAUGAAAAGUUCUUCAGAUCGUUGUGGAACUUCCCUAAUUGUUUAGCUGCAAUCGAUGGCAAACACGUCAUCACUGAUAAACCACCCAAUAGUGGAUCUUUAUAUUUCAAUUAUAAGAAAUCAUUUAGUGUAAUUCUGCUUGCAUUUGUUGAUGCGCAUUGCAGAUUUACUGCAGUUGAUGUAGGUGCGUAUGGACGAAGCAGUGAUGGAGGAGUGUUUGCUAAUUCCACAAUUGGUAAAAAAAUAUUAAGCAAUGCUUUAGACAUUCCAGAACCUAAGACCUUACCCGGAUGCAAUUUACGUCUUCCACACGUUUUUGUAGGAGACGAAGCGUUCCCUCUUCAUAACAAUUUAAUGCGCCCGUAUCCAGGUCGGCAGUGUCUAAACAAUGAAGAAGUGAAAAUAUACAAUUACAGACUUAGUAGAGCUCGACGCGUCUCUGAAAACGCUUUCGGUAUUUUAGUCAAGAGAUUUAGGAUUUAUCAACGUCAUUUACAAAUAGACCCAGAUAAGUUAGAUAAAGUGAUUUUAGCAACAUGUUGCUUACAUAAUUUUUUGCGAAAUGACACUUGUCAUUGGACUGAAGAACAACAUGAAACUAUUGUACGUCCAGAAGGCAUCGAAAAUAUUCCAGGAAUAGGGGGAGCGUCCACAACAAAUGCAAUGGGCGUCAGAGACUCAUUCAAAAAUUAUUUUAAUUCACCAAAUGGUUCGGUAUCGUGGCAAACUGAAAUGGUGCGCAGAGGAAAAAGAAAUGUUACAUAAAUUAAAUAUAUUGUAUACUUUACUUGAAAGAUUACGAGAUUGAAUAAAACUAAAAACUAA